GCCACGACGACGCUGUUGACACGUUUCGUGGAGUGGAAAUUACGACGAAUGCCAGCUCCUUCAAGUCUACCCACACGCCCAUCCAUAACCCUAGUCCCCCAAGAUUGGCGCUCGACAAGGUAACGAUCCCCAUCUCACCUCCGAAGUCCCCGCAACACGCUACUCGGCGUACCACGUACACAUACUCCACGCUGGCCUUUGGCGCACACAAGCAAUGCAUAGAUCCAGACGAAGAGCGAGUCCACGGUGAAUGCUAGUAGGGCUGCCUGCGUGUAGGCAAGCACAACAUCUGAAACGAGGAAGGAACCAUCAAGAUGAGCGGAAAGAACUGGUGGAAUAGCGCAAUAUCGGGCCUGGAGUCGCGGCUCGACACCAUCUUGGCUGAGGACGGCCAAACGAGCGCAAAGCCGGCAGACGCUGCCACGAAGCCUGAUGGCAGCGAAAAGGCGGCUGUAGACAAGAAAUUGGCGGUUGAGCAGGGCGGAUUGUCGCGCAAUUCGUCCCGAAGCAGGCCGAAUUCAAGACUGCAAGAUCGUCUAGCGAAAGCUGUGACUAAGGGCACGGAGAAUGCGAGGUCAUCGUCAGAUUUGGGGUCGCGACCGGAGAGCCCAGCUUUACGAAGCCCAGGGAUCAUGGCUGCCGCCGAUACUGAGAGGACAAGCAUAGACUCGAAGGUCUUGGAGCUUGCAGCUGCGCCAACAGCAGCUACGGAGGCAGAGCCGGCCGAAGUAGACGAAGAGAAGAAGGAUAAUAUCACGCAACCUUCAACUGAGGCGGCAGCGCCUGUGACUUCGCCUCCUGUAACAUCACCGCCGACCACACCACUCGUAGCCGAACAGCCAGCGGCCACUCGCAUGCCUACCAUGUCCAUACCAUCCAUUGUUACACCGCAAACGUCCUCGCCACGGCAAUCGAUCGACAGCAACCCUUCACGGCCAUCGAUUGACCUCUCCACGCCCGUCGAGCCCGAGCUGCCUUCUACACGAGACCCUGACGUCCUUGCAUCCGAGCUGUCGAACUUGCAAAGAGCGCACGAGGAGACUGUCCGCGGGCACCGGGAUGAGCUCAACUCACACUUGGAGCGCAUUGAUGCUCUGCAGUCCAAGCUCACGUACCUUUCUCGACAGCUGGCCGCUUCGGCAAAGGCAGCUUCAGCAGAGGCAGAGGCAACACCACAGGACAAAAAGCUGGCAGAGAAGGACGGCCAGAUAGCAGCACUCAUGGAAGAAGGGCAGAAGCUGUCCAAGACUGAGAUGAAGCACAUGACGACCCUCAAGCAAUUGCGUGCAAAGGGGCAAGAGCAGAACAAGGAAAUCAGUGCGCUAAAGCAGCGGUUGGCAAAAGCUGAGAAGAGCAUCACGGAACAGUCAGAGCGAGUCCAGCGAGCAGAAGCCGGUGAGAAGGCUGCGCAGGAGAAGCUGAAGGUCGUGGACAAAAUCGAGAAGGAUAUCAACACUGUUAGGGCAGAGCGAGAGGAGGCCAAUUUGACGAUGACGGAACUCCGGAAGCAAUUGACUGAAGCGCUGUCGCGGGCAGAAGAUGCGGAGAAGAGAGUCAAGACUGGAGCUUUGGAGGCCGAGAAGAGGGUCACCGCAUCGCUGCAAGAGGACCUUGAUAAUCUGCGCAUCGAAAAGAAGCUCGCUGAGGAUCGCGCAAAGAAGGAAAUCCAGGCUGCUCAGGAGCAGGCGAAGAGCCAGCAGGAGAAGGCAAACGUCACCGAGCUGGAGCUACGCGGCGAGAUUGCUAACCUUGAAUCUAAACUCGAGCUGCUCCGCAGCCGGUCUGAGGAGGCAACUUCAUCCGCUACAGGCGAUUCGCAAGCCAAGUUACUACGACAGAUCGAAAUGCUGCAGACGCAGUACUCGCUUGCUUCAGAAAAUUGGCAAGGCAUUGAGUCCACUCUCACAUCUCGAGUAACAGCACUUGAGAAGGACCGUGAUGAAACGGCGAAACGCGAGUCGGACAUCAGACGGAAAGCGAGGGAUGCCAACUCCAAGGCCAGACGUCUUGAGGAUGAGUUGGACAAUAUCAAUGAGCGAGCCAGGGCUCUCGAACACGAUCUGACUGAGCAACAAUCAGCAGCACAGAAACUGCAAAGUCGCCUCACGGCAGCGGAAACAGCUGCACAAGACGCCAAAGCCGAUCUCGAGCGCGAAAAGAAAGUCUGGGAGGCCGAGUCCCAACAACGCCUCGAGGAAGAAAAGAGCAGAUGGCAGCUAGAAACCCAACAACACAAUCCUCUAUCCGUCUCGACCCAUCUCCGAGCCGACUCACCCUCAACAUCGAACCGUCAACGCUCCCCCGAUCCGCUGGCCAUCUACAACCGACGAGCGCUCCGCUCCACAGCAUCAGCCAUGGACACCACCCUCUCGCCGAUCGACCGCAUGCUCGAAGACGCCCGCCGGCCUUCCAUAAACCGCCAGAAAUCCUCUCCAAGCGUCCGCACCCCUGAAAUCGGCACGCCCCAGCGCCAGGAUUCGAGCCUCUCUGGUCUGUCCAACCUCAGUAGCGGCGCAAAUGCGCCGUAUACGCCCUCCAUCCAUACGGUCGACUACGAUGAGCCCUUUGAGAACAUGUCAUCUCCUCGUAGAACUAUUAAUGACAUGAUAUCUGUGUCCACCGUUGGCGCGGGCCCAAGCGUGCAACUCGUGGAGCGCAUGAGCGCGGCAGUCCGGCGCUUAGAGUCGGAGAAAGCGACGCAUAAAGAGGAAAUGGCGCGCUUGAGCGCGCAGCGCGACGAGGCACGUGAGGAGGUCGUCGCGCUGAUGCGCGAAGUGGAGGAGAAGCGGGAACAAAAGAGAGAAAGGGAUGCGUUGCAGAAGGAGUUAGAAGAGGUCAGGGAAAGGUACGAGACGAUGCUGGAGAUGCUGGGGGAGAAGACGGAGAGGGUUGAGGAGCUGGAGGGGGAUCUUGUCGAGGUUAAGAAGAUGUAUAGAGAGCUUGUUAGUACUAUGGGGCGGUGAUGAGAUAAGCCUUCAAGUUCAGCUCAGGCAGAAACUUGGCAUGUGUGUUGAGAAGAG